AAUACAUCUCCUUGUAAAUCCUAUUGUAAUAGCAUAACUUUCAGUACCUUAUUUUGAACUUGUUCUAAACAGUAAAAUUCAGACAAGCCAUGCAUGGAAUGUGUUUUGCGUCAUAUGCUGCAUCUGAGAAGUUUUGAGUUACAUUUUAAGGCAGCUCAAACUUCUAACAUCCCUCUCCCUGCAAUCAGCCAAGAGAAGAAAAAUCACAGCAAUAGCUUCCUGAAUGGGAAUUUCAGGAGCUGGGCACAAUCCAAGGAAAAAAUGCUGUAAGGGUUAUAAAUUUGUUCUUGGACAAUGCAUCCCCGAAGACUAUGAUGUGUGUGCAGAGGCUCCAUGUGAACAGCAAUGCACAGACAACUUUGGACGAGUCCUUUGUACAUGUUAUCCUGGCUACCGCUAUGACCGGGAGAGACACAGAAACAGAGAGAAACCCUACUGCCUAGACAUCGAUGAGUGUGCCACAAGCAAUGAGACUCUCUGCUCCCAAAUCUGUGUCAACACCAUGGGCAGUUACAGAUGUGAAUGUCAUGAAGGUUAUAUCCGGGAAGAUGAUGGGAGGACUUGCACCAAAGGAGACAAAGCCGGGCUUUCUGAGAAGUCUGACAACAUCGUGAAAGCAGGAACAUGUUGUGCUUCUUGUAAGGAAUUUCACCAGAUAAAGCAGACGGUUUUACAGCUAAAGCAAAAGGUUGCUUUAUUACCAAACAUUGCUGCGGACCUUAGCAAGCAAAUCACUGGUGAAAAAGUGCUUGCAUCUAAUGCAUAUAUACCAGGCCCCCCUGGGCAACCAGGACAUCCAGGCCCUGCAGGGGCCCCGGGACCAAAAGGAAGUCCAGGAUUGCCUGGCUCACCUGGAUCUCCAGGCCAUCCAGGUCCUAGAGGAUCAAUGGGACCCAUUGGACCAUCGCCUGACAUAUCACAUAUUAAGCAGGGCCGACGGGGCCCAAUGGGUCCGCCAGGGGCACCAGGGAGACAUGGUACCAAGGGGGAGAGAGGAGCACCAGGACCAAAAGGGCCACCUGGCCCACCAGGCUCAUUUGAUUUUCUGUUGCUGAUGAUGGCAGACAUCAGAAAUGACAUUGCUGAGCUGCAGGAGCGAGUGUUUGGACACAGGACUCACUCAUCAGCAGAGGAGUUUCCGUUACCUCAGGAAUUUACAAACUAUCAUGACACAGUGGACUUUGGCUCUGGAGAGGACUACAAGCAAAGGAUUACACCCAAAGACUCGAGGAUGCACAAAACAGCCAAUCAUUAGUUAGGUCUGGUUAUAUACAGCAAGAAGAGAUGUUCAGAGUUGUAUAGUAUAAAAAUGCACUGAUGAUGUAAUAUAUAUAUAAUUUUCCAGUUUUCUCUUUUCUUGUCCUUAUGUGCUGUAAUCAGGGACCUUCAUAGAGGCGUGCGGGGCCCAGGAUAAAAUUAACUGUACCUUAGGGACAGCUCUGACUGUAGCUUUCUCUAUUUACUGAGACAUCUACUAGUGGUGGUUACAUACAUUCCAGCCUUUGUCUGUUUUUGUGCUUUGAGGAAAUAGAUAUUCUUGUACUAGAAAUUAAUUGGCUAAGUGUCAGUCUGAAGUGUCAGUCUGAAGUGUCAUACAAUGAGGUCCAAGAUAAAGCAGGGAGACGUGUAUGUUCUAAAAUGACUCCUGCUUGUCCCUUAGAAAUAGCCCACUGUUCAUCCAAUGUAAGCAGUCACAUCUUUUCAGCAAGGGUGUGUCUAAACUACAUGGCUCCUUCGAUGGAGCCAUGUAGAUUAGGCUGAUCAGCAGAGGGAAA